UCAAGAUGAUCAAAUUAAUCUGUUUAACGGUGUUAUUAUCGGUAAUCUCGGCUUCUAAAACCCGUUACUAUGGAGGAGGCGAUGUCAUAUUUGGUUAUUUUAUGCAGCCAUCUUAUCAGUCAACAGACAGGAAUACGGUAUUAUUUCUCUUAAACAGAUUACCAUUGAAUCUAUAUAAUAAUUAUAUAUGUAAUAUACUAGUUGGCGCCAUGUACCAAAAUAAUUAUUACUACCCAUUGGCACUUUAUCCGUAUUCGUACUUAUAUACUUAUAAUUAUGACAACAUCGUCCGUAACAAGCGGGCAACUUCGGCCAACAUCAGUAUUUAUCAAAUGAUGCGCUAUAGUCAAGUUGUACGGAGAACAAUAUCCAGUCUCUAUCCAUUUUGGGAUGUAAAUGAUCUGAGUGGUCUUUAUGAUCAAGCCAGAGCGGCUGCGAAUUAUCUAAUUCUGGAACGACGAAGAACUAUUAAUGUGACAGAAACGAUUAAAGAACUUUUGCGAUUGCUUAUUAAAAACAGUCACGAAAGCAGAACUGUCCAGGAAGUUAUGGAUGCCAUUCAACAACUAAAUUCCAAACCAAGAUCAUUUAUUACGUCAUCAAUAGCUUCUUUCGUUAAACAAACUUGUAGAGUGAUUAAGAGUGAGUUUUAUUGUAACUAUUUAAAUAAGCUUACUUACAGUAAUAGAUGCAGCAGUAUGUAUCAUAGUAGUCAGAUUUGGAACCAGUGUUGUAGUGGAGUAUACGUCAACUCAACCACCACUACUACAUCAACACCAACAACGUCAUCCUCAGCAACUUCAGCAACGACCACUGUUCCAACCACUACUGCUUCCACGACGAUAGUCCCAACCACGACUACUACAGGAUCAACGACGAGAUCGUGUGGUAUUAGUGUGAUCAAUCCGGCAAGAAGAUUUUCUGAUUUUUACAUUGCAAUAAGCAAGGUUCGGAUCGUAGGUGGUGUUCCUGCUGAAAAAUGUGAAUAUCCAUGGGUUGUUCGGUUGCAAGCUGCAGACUCGUUAUGUGCAGGUUCAAUUAUUGACGAAACUCAUAUCCUCACAGCUGCCCACUGCGUUGGAGCAAGCACAAAGAAUAUAGACGUCACUGUUUAUGCUGGAGACCAUAAUUAUAAUAUUGUUGAUACCGGAGAAGUAACGCGUGGUGUUUCUUCUAUCACUAUUCACCCAAAUUAUGGUGUUUCUUCCGUUCAGAAUGAUAUAGCUGUAUUAACAUUAGACCAACCUCUUGUGUAUAGUGACUGCAUUCAACCUAUAUGUCUUCCUAAAGCUGGUGAUAGUUCAAGUUUAUCUAACACACAAUGUACAGUUGCUGGGUGGGGAACAACAUCAUUUGGCGGCCCAUCAGCACCAAUAUUACAAGAAGUAACAGUACCAACAUAUAAUGGUAACGACUGUAAGAAUAUUUUCCCUGCGUCUGUAAUCAACAAUCCUACUACCCAGAUCUGUGCUGGUCGAGAUGGGGCUGAUAGUUGCCAGGGUGACUCCGGAGGGCCUUUAUUCUGUCCAGUAAAUGGAAACUAUGUACAGUAUGGUAUUGUAUCAUUUGGUGAAGGUUGUGCCGAACCUGGUAGUGGAGGAGUCUAUACUGAUGUCAGUUCUAUGCUUAGUUUCAUCAACAGUGUACAAUAAACAUGAAAACUCGAUCAAUUGAUACUGAUUUAUUUUGUUCUAUUUUUCUACCUUGAUUUUUUUAAAUAAUUAAAAUCUAUUGAAAUUUUGAUUUUUUAAAUCCUUGCCAUUUUUGGACAAUAUUUUGUACAGAUUUUAAUUACAGUAUAUGUAUGUUAUUUAAUAAAAACAAUCCCUUAGUAUA